AUUAAGUUGAUUUUGUGUAUGGAGGAGGUUUAGCAUUGUACAGUGUUUUAAAAUUUUAAGAACUUUUGAAUGAGAAAUUACAGUUUUACAUAAUGAUGGGUGCCAUAUAUAAAUUAACAGAUCCAAUUUAAUCGCCGAAAUCACAAAUGGCUGCGGAUUUGCUUUUAAAAACGAGCAAGCAAGCGAAGUAUAAUAUAUCGUAUAGGAAAAUUCUGUAUCAUAGGUUCUUCGUGGGUCUACUGUUGUUUAUAGUGAUAUCAUUAGUGUUUACUGUAGUGUAUGUUUUCUCGGGAAGUGCACCGCGGACAAAUUUUUAUGAAGUAGUAAAUUUGGAAGCUGUUAAUUUACCUAUUCAAAAACUUUCUAAUGAUUAUGCGUUUUCGGCUUCUCGUGUGUUAAAUUGCACGUAUUGGAAUUGCUUUAAUGUCUAUAAAUGUGGCCGAGGAGGGCAUGAUAAAAUAACAAUAUACAUAUAUCCACCACAAGACUACAGGACUAAUGAUGGGAGAUCAGUUUCACGUUUUUCUAGAGAAUUUUUUGAGAUUUUAGAAACAAUAAAGAGUAGUAAAUAUUAUACUCCUAAUCCUGAUGAGGCAUGUUUGUUAGUGCCUAGUAUAGAUACAUUAAAUCAAAACACUUUUUCAAGCUCACAUAUCUCUCAAGUUCUGCAGUCAUUAAAACAUUGGAACAAUGGAGAAAAUCAUCUCAUCUUUAAUAUGGUGCCAGGAUCUGAACCAAAUUACAAUACUGUUCUUGACCUUAACACAAGUUAUGCAGUUAUAGCAGGAGCUGGCUUUGAUACAUGGUCUUUUAGAUAUGGAUUUGACAUAUCAAUACCACUCUACAGUCAUAUUGCUUCUAAUAUCAACAGUACACAGCCAAAACAUAAAGAUUACUUAAUAAUUUCAUCACAGAUCAAUAUACCAGAAGAUUAUUUAAUAGAACUUCAAGGUAUUGCAUCAUCAUCAAAUGAUCUAUUACUUUUAGACAGCUGUGGGAAUGAUAGAAUUGAUUUCACAAAGAGGUGUGAGUACACUACUGGAAAGCAAUUUGAAUAUCCAGAGGUAUUAAAACAUGGAUUAUUCUGUUUAGUUGUUCGAAGUGCUAGAUUGAUUCAGACUGUUCUAAUGGAUGUAUUAGCCUCACAAUGCAUUCCAAUAAUUAUAGCCGAUACUAUAGUAAUGCCAUUCAAUUCUCACAUUGAUUGGAAUCGAAUAGCAAUUUUUAUAUCAGAGGACAAUAUAAAAAAUGUAUUAAAAAUCGUACAUUCAGUGAGCAAUGAACGACGUGGAGAAUUAUAUUGGCAAUUAAGAUGGGUUUAUGAAAGAUACUUUGCGAACAUAGAGAAAAUCACUAUGACGACGUUGGAAAUUUUAAAUGAAAAAGUUUUUCCAUUGUCAGCAAGAAUGUAUGAAGAUUGGAAUAUGCCAGAGCAUUUGUACGGGCCCGUAAAUCCUCUGUUCCUCCCAGUAACAGCACCGAAGGCGCCAGGCUUCACGGCUGUCAUAUUGACAUAUGACCGCGUUGAUAGUCUGUUUACGCUCAUCAGAAAAUUGGUACGAACGCCCAGCCUCGCGAAGAUUUUGGUUGUAUGGAAUAAUCAGAAAUUGCAACCACCGCCUGCUUCCGAGUGGCCAGUGAUUAACAAGCCGUUGAAAGUGAUACGAACAAAAGAAAACAAGCUGUCAAAUAGGUUCUUCCCCUACGAUGACAUUGAGACUGAAUGUCAAUUGACAAUUGACGACGAUAUUAUUAUGUUGACCCCCGAUGAAUUGGAGUUUGGGUUUGAUGUGUGGCGAGAGUUUCCAGAUCGGAUAGUGGGUUUCCCGUCCCGUCUGCACGUGUGGGACAACGUCACCGCCACCUGGAAGUACCACAGUGAAUGGACGAACGAAAUAUCUAUGGUGUUAACUGGAGCAGCGUUUCACCACAAAAUCUGGUCGUGGUACUACACACAUAAGAUGCCUUCUGAGAUCAGGCAAUGGGUGGACGACAACUUCAACUGCGAAGAUAUUGCAAUGAAUUUCCUCGUAGCUAAUGUCACAAGGAAGGCACCUAUUAAGGUGACACCCCGAAAAAAGUUCAAAUGCCCUGAAUGUACGAAUACUGAAAUGCUUUCGGCGGACGCUAAACAUAUGACGCAGCGCUCGGCUUGCAUCGACAAAUUCACGAAAAUUUACGGACAUAUGGCCUUAAAAUCGGUCGAAUUUAGAGCUGACCCACUGCAAUAUAGAGAAACAGGGUCUGGUAUACCCCAAUUGUAUCCAGAAAUUGGCGCUUUGUGAGUAUUGAUAACCUGUCGAUAUUAAUAUUACCUGGAGGCUUAGAAAAUCCAGCGUUAAAAUUCGCCUGUAAAUUGUACUUUGUUGGUACCGGUUCAUUAGUAUUUAUAAAGAAAUAAAAUAUGGUUUAAAAUUGCAACUUUAGGAGCUGCUUUUUAAAACAGUGCGUGGUCUGAACGUGAGUCUAACCUCGUCGGGCUUGACGAUUUUUAAAUUAAUAAUAUGACGUACGAAACGAAUACGUGCGCGUCGCGUACGUUGCGUAUCGUACAUACGCAACGUGUUUAUGAGUAAAUUAAGAUAAAAGUUUGAAUGAGCUGGCCUAUAGAUGUUCGUUAAAGGGUGCGUAGAUCAAGGACGGUCAAGUUUAAGCAAAUCUUUUUGGUAAUUUGUACGUUUCAAUGUCGCAUAAAGUGUAAGGAAUUGUUAUUUCAUAUGAAAAUCGUUCUGUUCGUGAUGUCAAUCUAGAUAUUUAAUUUUUAGUCGCCUUUGACUGGAAAUGGACUUGUAAUGUCUGAUUUUAACAUUUUAUUAUGUUUAACAUCUCGAUUGACAAUACAAUUGCAGCGCUCCUAGUUUCGGAUGUGUGGACAAUAAAUUUCGAAGGCUGUAAGCAAAGUAAAUGGGAAUCGUCCCAUGUACCAGGGUAAAGUAGAAUUAAUGACUCAUUUAUAUCCUUAACACAUUAACAGUAUUUACCUUAUAUUUAUUUUAUUGGAAAGAAAUAUUUCGCAUAAUACUUGCAAUAAUAAUUUCAAAUUGACUACAUGAACUCAAUAUAUUUUAUCUGUGCCAUUUUAUUUUGAAACAUGGCAGCUAUUGUAGAAUUAGUUUCAUUAUUUUUAGUAAUACUGUGUGUUACAUUUACAUAAUUUAAGUAUUUAUGGCACAAUCGAAUAAGUACAUGAAAACCCUGAUAUUUUAAAGUCCCAAGCAUAUCCGUCGAUAGUGUAUCUUUAAUAUAAUACUUGUAAUUAUAAUAUAAGGAAGGCUGAAUUAGUCCCCAUGCCGCCGUAAGAAGGCGUUAUAUUAAAUUUUCCUAUCUUUAUAGUCUUGAUUUUAUAUUUAUUAACUUUGAUAAUAAACAAAAAAAAUUACAUGUAUUGCGAGCUUCUGUUUGAUAAAAUUGUUUGGGUUUAUUAAUAUCCAAACAAUAGGACCUUAAAGCAAUACUAAACAUUAUUAUUAUUAAUAGUUGACGCAAGUACCCAGAAAGUCGAUUCCCGGCAUAAUAACUGUAAAACGUGUACAAAAAAAGUCAGAUUAAGUGUUUCAUGCUCCAUAAAUACAAAAAGUUAUGAAUUAUAACAAAAUGACUUGUUUGCAAUUUUAUUUUUGUUACAGUAAAUAACAAUAACUGAGUUUUCAUAGAAAAUAUUUUAUUUUGUAAAGGAAUGGAUAUUUGAAAGAAUUGUAACGAAUGUCACAAAUCAUCAUAAAAUAUAAUUUGUAUUAUAUAUUUCAUAGAUAUAAUUGGAGCUAAAAUUCGAUAUUGUGUUAGAAGUAUGCCCCUAGAAGUGUAAAAAUCAAAUUCUAAAUUAUUACAUUUGAGAAAUGUAGUUUAGGUAUAUACAUACAUACAUACAUAUCGGUGCUUGUAAAAAGAAAGAUUAUUCCAAAAUGAAAAUGUAGAUAAUAUAUGGAGAACGCACGAAUGUAGAUGAUAGUUGUAGAAAGCAAUUAUUUUUUGUAUCGAUUUUUCUUUAGCCAAGUAAAUAUUAUUUAAUCUGUGGUGAGAACUAAGAAAAGAUUUUUCUAUCGUACAAAGAUUUUUUUUUUAAGUGCCGUCAACUUUGACAGCUCGAUUGAUCAUUGUAAAAUAACGCCAUCUAUCGGCGAUACUUUGCUAUUGUUUUAUUUAUUGAGAAAUAAAUACAAACAAAAGAAUUCCAUAAAUAUCAUUAGAUGACAGAGAAAGCAUUACUUUCAAGACACUACGAUAGAAAAACCUUAUUUUAAAUGAUUAGUAACUUAGUUUGUACGAAAACGCCAUCUUGUAUAGUUUAUUCCACUACUCAUUUGACUGAUGUCAAUAAUGUAUAAUGUUAGAUAGCGUAAUAAUUUACUAUAAGUAUAAAAUAUUUUUUACUUUUAUAAGAUUCCUUAUUUCUGUUAAUUUUAAGCACCGAUUUUAUAUGCCAUUUACAUCAUUAUUUAUAAGUUUUUGUACAGUCAAUGAAUUUUAUUUAAGUCGCUUAGAACAUCGUAGCCAAAGAAAUUGACAGCUAGUCUUGUGAAAUCAUUCACAUUUAAAUGAGUUAGAGGAAGUUACCAACGUUAUUUAAACGACAGACUGAACUAUCACUGUGUGUUAGAUAAUUGCUAGAAUUAGAUGUAGGUGUUGUCGGUCUUAUUUGAGUCGAAAUGUUGGUAACAUUAUUGUAUAAUUUGUACACGAAAUUAUGAAUUAUUUACACAUGAAAUGUGUGAAAAGGCCUAAAUUUUAUUUCAAAGUUGAUUUGUCUAAAUUUUAGGCACAAUUGUAUCAACCUUAUAUGUUUGUAAAUGAUUUUACAUCGUAACGUCGGAAUAAGUACAUAUUUUGAGUUAUUUUUAGAUUUUGAAUAUUUUAAUAUCACACAAGAUAAUUUAUGUGUUUGUAGAAGUGUGUUUAGUGUAAGUGAGUACUUAAUAGAUUAUUUGUUGCAUUGUACAGUGUGUAAAUAGUUUAUUAUACUGUGUAUAAAAGAAGACAUAUCAAUUUCUAA